AUGGUCAAUGCACAACAUUUCAUAACUGUUCUGACACUACUUUCAUUAUCAAUUGCUACCUUACCUCCAGCUCAUGGUUCCAUACACGAUCAGUCGACUAGAAGAGAUCAAGGGACAAAUAAGCAAAGGUCGAUAUUACCUAAACCGAAAAAGAGGCUUGGCGUAGCCAGUGCGAAUGCUCAUGCUUUGAGACGAGGUCCAACUCUACAGGUUGAUGGAGUAGUGGAACUAGAUGUUCAUUCUAGCUUUUCAUCGUCUUCAAGUCAAGUGAAUAAGAGAGGUGUUAUAAAUGGAACUCAAGUUAACCUUGGUACAUCCCAAAACACAUUCGUCGUACCUGUAUCGAUAGGAUCACCACCUUCAACUUAUCCGCUACAACUCGAUUUAGCUUCAUCAGAUCUACUUGUAGCUUCAACUUUAUGUUCGACAUCUUCAUGUCCCGCUUCUCUAGGACCAAACGUAAACGCAUACUAUGACGUUUCGAAAGGAUCAAGUGGAUUUCAAGAAGUGAAUGAUAAUCAAACUUAUUGGAAUACGAGUUAUGCAGAUGGAACUGUUGCUAGUGGAAUUAUAGCCAGAGAAACUGUUACUUUGGGUGAAGUAAUGUUACAGGGUCAGAUUAUGGGCUUCAUCAAUUCCACCAAUCUCACUCUGUCUCAGCAAAAAAUAUCUGGUAUAUUAGGCUUGGGAUUUCCUAGAUUAUCAUCUCUUUCUCAUAUUUUUCUUGAGGAGGCGCAAAAUACAUCUACAACACCUACAUCAAACUCUACAUCCAGCAUCUCCUCAUCGUCCUUUUCUCCCGCCAGCAUAUCCGCUUCCUCCUCUUCCGUCGCUGCUUCAGCGCAAGCAUCGUCUCCAACAUACCUACCACCACUUCUCGAAAAUCUAGUCAGAACACCCCAUCUACCUUAUCCGGUAUUUGCGCUUGCACUUGCUCCUCCACCAACAUCCAAUGCAACGUCAACAUCUACCGCGUCUUCCAUAGCAGCAUCUUCGACGGGAACAGCUCGAUAUCAAAGUAAGAUUGGCUCGCUUACCCUAGGUGGGAUAUCGAAUUCGUAUGUCUCCAAUAAAACUGGGUCAGGAAGAACUAUAGAUGAUAUUGAAUGGCACGAUAUCGUACCGUUUGGAAGAGCAAGAUCAUUCUCGAAUGAUUCAUCUGGUGCCUUGUCACGAACCACUUCGACCACCUCAUCAUCGUUAGCAUCUGAAACAGCUUCAACCUCUGCGAGCAAUUCACAGAGAAGAAGAAGAAGUGAUGAGUCUCAGAUCGAUGAAUUACCUACUACAUUGGACGAACUGAGUGAAGAAGAAUACUUGUUCUGGGCACUGGAAUUGCACAAUCUAUCUUUGAACGGAACUGACAUUCCAUUAAAUUCGUCUUAUUCCGAUAUUGGAUUACCUUCAAUAGCUCUAUUAGAUGCUGGAUUUAAUGGCAUUUAUGGUCCACAACAGGAUGUCAUUGAAUUAUUCGAUAAAAUAACGGAUGCGAGAUUAGUAGCUGAAGGUAGAUGGGUAGUUCCUUGUAAUACUAAAAUGACAAUUGGAUUUUCCUUUGGCGGUCGAUAUAUCCAGCUUCAGCCUUCGGACUGGAUAUCCGCUCAGAUCGAUCAAUCCUCGUUCUGUCUCGCUUGGCCGAUGGCUGCUGCUUCAACAGGUGAUGGAAUAGACUGGCAAUUAGGCACUCCUUUCUUGAAAAAGGUUUAUAGUAUAUUUAGUUAUGGAAUAAACGGUGUUCAAGCUCCUUUAGUCGGAUUCCUGCCUCUUGAAGAUAUCAGCACAGGAACGUCAAACUCCACUUCUUCCUCCACGUCUUCAUCAGGUGUAACGACUUCAUCCACAAACCCAAAUUCGCCAAUCCCGACAACUAUUGAAGAUCUCUCAUUGACUGCGACCGUAACGACAUUAUUACCAAAUGCAAUCUUACCCGAUCCAACAUAUACAACGCCGACAUAUGUAUAUUCGGCCUCUCCAACAUUGCUACAACCUGGAAUUACGCAAUUCAUGGGUUUAGCGAAUAGUUCAGCAUAUUCAGUGGAACAAGUUCCAGUGAUAAGUCUGGAUAGUGCGGCCACCUCUAGAAUAGCAAGUAUGGCAGGAGGUGAAAGCGGUGGAGGAACAGCUGCUACUGGUGGAAGUACCAGUUCUGGCAUGCGAAUAUCUUCGAAUUUGAUUGGAACGAUGGUGGGUUUGGCAAUAGGAUUUAUAGGAAUUUUCAAUGGGUUGAACAUGGAUAUGUCAAUUUGA